CCCAAAACGGUGUGAAAUUCAUAAUAGUCUAAUCUCCGCUCCGCUCCAAAAACCGACUACCCCGAUACUGCUUUGGACAAACUAACGCAUCAGCUCGACCUUUUGUCCAAAAAAGUCGAUGAUAUGGCUUCGAAGCAGUACCCACCAAUGGCAGCUUCUUUGUUUCCACCACUGAAAGGGACUCCACAAGCGUAUCCGUCACCAAAUAUCAAGCGUCGCCGUGGUAGUCUCUUCAACAAUGACGGGGACUAAGUCUAUCGAUCUUAGUGAUCUUUCAGUCCCGUUUGUUGUUCCUCCACCUCCGGCACCUAAGUUCUGGCUGUAUCUAGCUGGACUUCAACCGCAAAUAACCGAUGAAGAUGUCAACAAAAUAGUUUCUCGUUGCUUGGAUAUAACCUCAUCAGUGGAAGUGAAACGAUUGCUCCCGAAAGGUGUAGAUGGCUCCACUAGAAGAUUUGUUUCUUUUAAAAUCGGAUUGGAUCCUUCGCUCAAAGAUGCCGCGCUGAACACAACGACCUGGCCCACGGGGAUGCAGUUCCGUGAAUUUGUGGAUCAGCCAAAAAACUUCCACCGCCGGCCUCAGACUCCUGCCCCAUCGGUUCAACUCUUCCAGCCUACUGUCGAAGCUACCACACCGAUAGUUUUUGGCACGGGUCGGUCCACAACCGUACCGGUGUCCUUGAGGUAGAUCCUCUUAGAGGUUUGAAGGUUGAUGGGAAUCACAUGGUUCUCAUUCCAACUGACAACGACGACGAGACCCUAGCUCUCUGCUGUUUAUCUCUUGACCGUUUUCCUGCUGUGGGAGGAUCAGCCAACGCUUCUGGGUGUUCUCCACUGGGACGCAACGAACUUGGCACUUGGGAGGCCUCAAAGCCCCUCGACUCAGUCGCGCUGUUUCCAGCCAGCGUCUUCAGCCGUCCCAGCCCUGAGUUCGAAUGCGGGGAUGAGGUCCUCCAGCCUACUCAUCCAGCCCACCAACACAUCUCGUCUACAAGUGCCUCAAUUGCUUUUCGGGGUUCGACACCAUGACGCACAGUUUUGAGCCUUUGGGAGACCCCUGAGCCCUUCGACUCAGUAGCGCUGCUUCCUGCCUGCGUCAUCAGUCGUCCUGGCCCUGAGUUCGGCCCUGAGGAGGCGAUGGGGUUCUCCAGAUCACACCUACAGGCAAGUACCCUGUUACGACAAGAACAUCUUCUUUGCGUAGUCAGUUUCCGCUUUCCGACAGAUGCACCCAGCCAUACACUCCUGACCUCGGAAAUCCGGCAUUCUCUACUGGGCCUCCAGCACCGGGACGCAACGAACUAGGCACCACGGAGACCCCGGAGCCCUUCGACUCAGUCGCGCUGUUUCCAGCCAGCGUCAACAGUCGUCCCGGCCCUGAGUUCGUCUGUGGCGAAGGGGUUCUCCAGCUUGCGCUAUCAGGCAAGUAUGAUAUCAUAGACAGUUCUUCUCCGCGUGAUGAAAUCUGCCUUUCCAGCGAUCUUCGUUCCGGUACUGCAUCUGAAUUGGAC